CAAGGUUAUAAUGGCACUCAAGGUCUUCCCGGUCCAACUGGGCCACGAGGUGCGCAAGGUCCUCUGGGUGCCAUUGGUCCGCCUAGUAUUCAGGGUCUACAAGGUAUUCGAGGUUACAAUGGCACUCAGGGUCCUUCGGGUCCAGCAGUGCCUCCUGGUAUAGAGGGUCCACAAGGCUAUAAUGGCACUCGAGGCCUGAUGGGUUCGAUUGGUCCACCGGGCGUUCAGGGUCCUCAAGGUCCAAUUGGCCCGCCAGGUCCGCAGGGACAAUUAGGAUAUAUCGGAACUCAAGGUCCUAUAGGCCCCAUUGGGCUUUCAAGCGCUCAGGGCCCAAAAGGUCUUCAGGGUCCGAUAGAAAUUCAAGGUCCACAGGGUCCGCAGGGCUCCCCAGGACCAGUUGGAACAGGAAACUUAACUCUAUGUACAGACAAAUUUAAAAGUACAGCCGGUACACCUAAUGUGAACGCAUAUCUUAUCGUGGAUAUCGAGGAAGACAGUUAAAAGGAUUCUUGCAGCGACGUGUUCUACCGAUGAUGCUCAACAAUAUCUGCUACACAGUUACAUCGCCAUGGGAAAUACACGUGUGUACAUGUGUGAAUGCAGAGGAAA